GUGCUCUAUAGAGCUGCUGCUGCUGCCGCCGCCGCCGUCGCCGCCGCCGACGCCGCUGCUGCAGCCCGAGCAUCCGGGAGCCGCCGCCGCCGCCGCCGCCGCCGCUGCUACCGCCUCUAGCGCCGCUUCCACCGCUGCCACCUUCUCUCCCAGAACCCCGAGACACCCCGAGCACGAGCGGCAGCUGCUGCAUGCUUGCUCCCCCUCUUCCCCGCCCCUCCCUUCCGUGACCUACCCAAUCCUUGCAGCCCUCGUCCGCACCUUCUCCGAUACCCCGGCGUCCCUGCACCACCUGCUCGGACAGCCCCAGCGGGCGCCGAGACUUGCUGUGCGCGCUGAGAGCAAGGCAAGCUCCGAACCCAUUCCUGGCAGACUGACUGUUGCGGCUGCACCACCAGCAGGAGAAGGAAGAGAAGAAACUACUCUGCUCACCGAAACCCCAUUCUGCGGGUGCUUCGCCGUUGCCGCUUCUGCUGCUGCAAAUCCGCGUUCGCGGGUUCGAACACCGCAGCGGCGGGGACCCUGGGUCUGGUGGUUUCCGUGAGGAAGACACCCGCGGAGCCCUGCGCUCUGGUGUCCCGCUCACCAGCAUCUCUUUGACCCCCUCGUUCAUUCCCCAACCCUUUAGAGAAGGGACCAUGCUUUGGAAACGCAGCGCCGUUCUCCGCUUCUACAGUGUCUGCGGGCUCCUGCUACAAGCUGCUGCUUCAAAGAAUAAAGUUAAAGGCAGCCAAGGGCAGUUUCCACUAACACAGAAUGUAACAGUUGUUGAAGGCGGAACUGCAAUUUUGACCUGCAGGGUUGAUCAAAAUGAUAACACCUCCCUCCAGUGGUCAAAUCCAGCUCAACAGACUCUGUACUUUGAUGACAAGAAAGCAUUAAGGGAUAAUAGGAUUGAGCUGGUUCGGGCUUCCUGGCAUGAGUUGAGUAUCAGCGUCAGUGAUGUGUCUCUGUCUGAUGAAGGACAGUACACCUGUUCUUUAUUUACAAUGCCUGUCAAAACCUCCAAGGCCUAUCUCACUGUUCUGGGUGUUCCUGAGAAGCCUCAAAUUAGUGGAUUUUCAUCACCAGUUAUGGAGGGAGACUUGAUGCAGCUGACUUGUAAAACAUCUGGUAGCAAACCUGCAGCUGAUAUAAGAUGGUUCAAAAAUGACAAAGAGAUUAAAGAUGUAAAGUAUUUGAAAGAAGAAGAUGCAAAUCGCAAGACUUUCACAGUCAGCAGCACACUGGACUUCCGAGUGGACCGCAGCGACGAUGGCGUGGCAGUCAUCUGCAGAGUGGACCAUGAAUCUCUCAAUGCCACCCCUCAGGUGGCCAUGCAGGUGCUAGAAAUACACUAUACACCAUCAGUUAAGAUUAUACCAUCCACUCCUUUUCCACAAGAAGGACAGCCUUUAAUUUUGACUUGUGAAUCCAAAGGAAAACCACUGCCAGAACCUGUUUUGUGGACAAAGGAUGGUGGAGAGUUACCAGAUCCUGACCGAAUGGUUGUGAGUGGUAGGGAACUAAAUAUUCUUUUCCUCAACAAAACGGAUAAUGGUACAUAUCGAUGUGAAGCCACAAACACCAUUGGCCAAAGCAGUGCAGAGUACGUUCUCAUUGUUCAUGAUCCCAAUGCUCUGGCUGGCCAGGCUGGCCCUGAUCAUGCUCUUAUAGGAGGAAUAGUGGCUGUAGUUGUUUUUGUCACGCUGUGUUCUAUAUUUUUGCUGGGACGAUAUCUGGCGAGACAUAAAGGAACAUACUUAACAAAUGAAGCUAAAGGAGCUGAAGAUGCACCAGAUGCUGACACAGCCAUUAUCAAUGCUGAGGGCAGCCAAGUCAAUGCUGAAGAGAAAAAGGAAUAUUUCAUUUAAAAUACAGGCCAAGAUUCUGAAUUUUACUUACCAGGCUGGCUGCUGGAGAAAACUGGCUGUCAUCUUUCCGAAUUCAUUUCUGCCAUCUUCUGCUACCUUUAUUAACUUCCAUCCCGUACUGCUAUCAGUAGCCAGUGUAUACCAACAAUCAGCUGUCGAAAGCAUCAUUCUUUAAUUACGGUACCAUCCAUAAUGCAGGACAUUUCUCACUGCCUAAAUUCCACAUCAUUGCUCUUUUAACAUACAGUGCUUGAAUAUACAGCCUUAACAAUGUUAAUCAUCUCCUUGAAUCAUGAUAUUGAAUUGUUUUUAUACAUUGAAAAAAAUGUUCAGUUUUUUUCCCCCUCAUUUUUUGUUCUCCCUUUAAAUCGGAGACCUUGUCUUUGGACAGCUUUCACAAGGAUCAGGAUUAGGUAAAGGCCUAAUGUGCUGAAGUUUAAUCAGAUUUAGAGGUUUACAAUGCUUCCUACGUGUCUAUCUUCGAAGACAUGUUUUGGAAGCAUAUGCCCUAGAAAAUACAAACUGGAAAAAAAAAACAAACCUACUGUAGUAUAGAAUUCUGGAAUGUUUGAGCUUAUACUGGUAAAGCUGUAUCAAUUUGCUAUUUAAAACUAUAGUAUUUGAUACAGGAACCAUAUGUAUGGAUUGCAAUCAUGACAUGGUAUCUUAUAUAAUUAUGUAAAUCCUACCAUUAGAUUAUUUUAGCUUCAUAUACCAAUAAAUUGUUACAACCAUUUUACUGCUUUGUGAAUCACAAAGAUUUCAUUCAUUUCUUUAAUUUGAUUCUAUAAUUUAUUUGCUCCACAAAGACUCACCUGCCUAAACAAAAUUGAAAUAUCCAUAGGGCACAAUUUUGAGACAUUUAGUAUCUGUAUAUAGUGCAUAUAAUAAAUCCAAUUAAACAUUAUUUGAUACAUAUUUAACUUUUUUGGCUGUAGGUAAUCCAGUCAUGAGUAAGCAUUUUCUAAUGUCCAUUAUAUCCCUUUAGAUAUUACUUAAACCAAUAUUAUAAGUAGAUAACCUGUAUUAGUAUUUUUGUCUGUAUGUCCUAGCACUGUUCAACAGCAAAUUUUUCUAGUUCUUGUUGAUUUUUAUUUGUUAUACAAUGGAAGCACAAUGUUAUAAGGAAAGGUAAUUUUAAGCUAACAACCAGUGCACAGCCUCAGGUUUUAAAUUACAACCACAGUUGAAUAAUAACCUAAAAAUAAACUCUUAGUUUGCUAAAAAUUUACAAAUUUUAAUUUGGCAGUUCCAGAGCUGCUUACCUAUGUUGGUUUGCCAAAAAGAAGUGUUUAAGAUAUGUUUUCUGUAUAAAAGAACUAAUUCUUUAUAUUAAAUUCCUGUCUAUGCAUUUUGUGAGGUACAAACUUUUGAAACAGUGAGUGAUAGAGAAUUUCUGCCAUGCUUUUAACUCCAAGGUGAAAGUCUCUUUCUCUGGAUUAUUUCUGAAAUUUUGGUGUAUUUAACCAUUAAGAAAUGCUGUAUUCUUAAAUAUGACACCGAGUCAAUCUAAAGUCAUAUUAUUCCUCCUAGUUAAAUACAAUAUUACUAGAUUAGUUCUCAUUAGAUUUAUUAUAUGCUAAAGAUUAAAAAUCCAGUUAGAUAAAAAUUAUUUUCCCAUCCACAAUCAUUGCACCUUUAAGAAGAAAACAAAUAUGACAAUAUGGUAUCUAUACUUGUGAUGUCUGAAAGCAUGAUGGUUUUAACAAUAAUAUCUUGGAAUUUAUUUGGGGGAAGAAAGAAUGGUUGAGUAUGACAUCAUGUGUUAAUAUCAAAUGAAAGACAAGGGUGCUGUAUCUUAUUUAUCAGAAAAGUAUAAAUCUUUUAAGGACAUUAGAAUUUUUAAUUGUUUGAUUAUUGAAGCAUUUAUCUUGAUUUCUUACAAAAGAAAAAGGACGAUGUCAGUCAAGCAGCACUUUUUCAGAUUAUACAGAACAUAAAUAAUAUGAUGUGGUUGAGUGUUAACAUAAUAAAUCAUAUACAGUAUGACAUUUUAAG